GUCCGGAACAUCCGGUUGUGGCUUCUCAACAUAAACAGAAAUGGCGGAGGCAGCAGCGGCGUCUUCAGCGGCUUCAUCAGUAACAGGAGGUUGGACCAAACACGUAACCUGCCGAUUCGAACACAGUAAACCUGAAAAGAAAGAGGAGCUGCCAACCACCGAGACGCUGCCGCUGCCUUCUGUCCCACAGGCUGGCCCAUCAGAACCUGAGCCCAGUGGGCCAACGCCUGGAUUAGGAACACAAGACUGGGUGAACGCUGCCGAGUUUGUUCCAGGACAGCCGUACUGUGGUCGAGCAGAGCCGGUGAAGGGGGAGACUUCUGUCCCUCUCAUUGAAGACUUAGACGGGGACUCGGCCGUGGACAACAAAGACUUGAGGAAGCAGCUGUGUCCGUACGCUGCCGUCGGAGAGUGUCGCUACGGGAUCAACUGCGCCUAUCUCCACGGGGAUGUGUGCGACAUGUGUGGCCUCCAGGUGCUGCACCCCACAGACAACAGCCAGCGCUCUGAGCACACAAAGGCGUGCAUCGAAGCCCACGAGAAAGACAUGGAGAUCUCGUUUGCCAUCCAGCGCAGCAAGGACAUGAUGUGCGGCGUCUGUAUGGAGGUGGUGUUUGAGAAGUCCAACCCAAGCGAGCGUCGCUUUGGCAUCCUGUCCAACUGCAGCCACUGUUACUGUCUGAAAUGCAUCCGCAAGUGGAGGAGCGCCAAGCAGUUCGAGAGCAAAAUCAUCAAGUCUUGUCCAGAGUGUCGAAUCACGUCAAACUUUGUCAUCCCGAGUGAGUACUGGGUGGAGGACAAGGAGGACAAACAGAAACUCAUCCAGAAGUACAAGGAUGGCAUGGGGACCAAAGCUUGUCGGUACUUCGAUGAAGGCCGUGGAUCGUGUCCGUUUGGGUCCAACUGCUUCUACAAACACGCGUUCCCUGAUGGACGCCUUGAGGAGGCCCAACCACAGCGACGACAAACUGGAUCCAACAACAGGACCCGGAGUACGCGACGACCCCCCCUCUGGGACAUCUUUGAUGAGCGGGCGAGCACAGACUCCUUGGACACGGAGGACGAGGACAUGGUGACGUUCGAGCUGAGCGAGAUGCUCCUCAUGCUGCUUGCUGCAGGGACGGACGACGAGGCCACAGACUCAGAGGACGAGUGGGACUUGUUUCACGAGGAGCUCGACGAUUUCUACGAGAUUUACCUAUAGCACCCCCCACCCCCACCCCCCGCCCCACCUAACAUUUACUAGACACUAGAAUGGACUGUCUUGUGUGAGUGAUGGACAGUAGCCCCCCACCCCCACCCCACAUUGUGGCAGUGCCUUUAAGCAGGCCAUUAUUAAAUGAACUUAUAAAAGGUAAAAAAGUAACCCCCCCACCCUGCCUCCGUGCACUCGUGCUAACCUUUUCUAGCCCUCUGUCCUCCUGAGUCUCCGUGUGCUUCUGUUCCGUGAUCUGAAGACUCCGUAUAAAGUUUAACAGAAUGAUCAGAGAUAUAAUAAACA